CACACACACACACACACACACACACACACACACACACACAAGACUGUUUACACAUCUGCUUUAACAUUUAAGCAUGUACAGUUUGCAUAAUUUUAUGCCAUGAUUGUUGUCCAUUACUCUGCUUUAGAUGCUUUAUCUUUACUCAGAUUAGACUCUGUACUAAUAUAAAUAUAUGAGUGUAUUGUGUUUUACUUAAGUAUGUGUGUGUGUGUGUGUGUGUGUGUGUGUAUGUGUUCGUUCGUGUGGUGUGUGCAUGCGCAAGAGCUCCUGUCAAACUCACGGACGCACGGAAUAUCCACUCAGCUCCAUUUUUAAUGGAAUUAAGAAGCUUCUGAUUGCGUCUUCAUAGCGUUCAAGCAUCCAUCUCAGGGGGGCGUGGCUUUAAGAAACACCCUGAUGAUGUCAUACCGUCUGCUGUCAAUCAUCUUCUGACCACACCCACAUCUCCUAUUAUGAGCAGUGUCUUGUUGGCCAAUGAGAGCCAGAGUUUUGAUGAAGAGGGCGGGGUCAGUGUUUUAAUGACCCCUCCUCCCUUAUUGCAUGGCCACGCCCCCAUCAACGCCCCACCCCUGGCUCCUCCCCUUCCUCCGCCCCUGCCUGUGGGAAUCCCUGCGGAGAGGAAGAGGAGGGUGAGAAGUUUCUAUUGGAAACCGAUUCCUGAAGAUCGUGUCAAACAGCAUGACGGACCGAACCUGUGGACCCUCGGACGGCCCAGCGGGGGGACGCCGUUCCACAUCGACAUCCGAGCCAUCGAGGAGCUGUUCGGACAACACGAGGACCCGCCGCCAUCCACCGGCGGGAAGAGUAUCCGACGAGGACAAGCUUCUGGGAAAGAUCUCAGACAGCAGAUUACCAUCCUGGACUCCAAGAGAAGCUUAAAUAUCUCCAUUUUCCUCAAACACUUCAAGAAGUCCAGUGAGAGUCUUCUGGAUGAUAUUCUUCAUGGAAACACGGGCGUCUUCAGUGUGGAGUCUCUCCAAGAGCUUCUUAAGCUCCUGCCCGAGGAGGACGAGGUGAAGAAUCUACAGAUGUUCAGUGGAAACCCCAAAGACCUGCCGCUGCCUGAUGCCUUCAUAUACCAGCUCAUCCGUUUACCCAGGUAUAAGGUCCGUCUCAGGGCUCUGCUGCUAAAGGAGGAGUUUUUCCCUUCAUACACAGUCAUGAAACACGACAUCGCCAUCGUCCUGACCGCCAUUAACGAGCUGUUGAACUGUGAGGAGCUUCACAAUGUCCUUCAUUUAGUGCUGGAAGCUGGAAACAUCAUGAAUGCUGGCGGGUCUGCUGGUAAUGCCGUGGGCUUCAAACUCUCCUCUCUGCUGUCUCUGGCCGAUACUAAAGCCAACAAACCUGGCAUGAACCUGCUGCACUUUGUCGCUCUGGAGGCGCAGAAGAAAGAUCUGCUCAUGUUUCCAGAGAAACUUCUGCAUGUUCAGCAAGCAGAUCGAGUGUGUGUUGACAGCAUCCAUGUAGAGUUUCAGUCUCUGAGCAGAAGAGUUGAUCAUUUAGAGGAGCACAUCCACACAGAUGAUGAGCUCCUGACGCAGCUGCAGUCUUUGCUACAGAGCGCUGCUGAAGCUCUGGAGGACUUGAGGAUCAGCAUUGAUGAGCUUCAGAGGGAAGGAGACGCUCUGAUCGAUUUCUUCUGCGAAGACAAAGACAUCUUCAAACUGGACGAGUGCUUACGAAUAUUCCACAAUUUCUGCUCCAAAUUCAAAAAAGCAGUUCAGGAGAACGUGGAGCGAGGGAUGUGGGAGGAGUCUCGGCGCAAGCGUCUGAAGGAGUCGGAGGACAAGCGCCACUCGUGGGCGGGGCAUGAGGGUGUGGGCGGAGUCUUCGAGCUGCGGUCCAAUAGCGAAGCAGACGUGGAGGCGGCGUUAAAGAGGGAGGGGCUUCUGGAGCUGCUGAUGACGAGUCCUCAAAGUUCACCACUGCGUUUCGGUAGCGCUCGUCGAUCACGCCGACAGAAGAACACGACCUUUGACCCCUGUGGAGGAGAUUCACUUCCUCCAAUACACUCGCUCUCCAUCGCACACAGCAGCAUCACAACAGAGGAGCCAGAGAUUCAAAACAAGAGCCUUUCCAUCGAGGAAUCACCGAACAACGACCAAACGCAACUCAGAAAUACAGAAGUGACUCCAGUCGUGACCUCUGACCCCUCACGAAUCGAUUCAGAGGUGACGAAUGACGAUCCUAAAGCUAGAGAUAACGUCAAGCGUACAAACGAGGCACUCAGAACCAGCGGCGGAGCGACACAAUCGAGCAGCAAACGACCCGUCGGCUCUAAAAACAGACCUUCGUCUUCCGCUAAACCAUCAUCUUCAUCUUCAUCGUCAUCAUGUAUGAGGAAGGUUGUUCCUCUCAGGACGCCGGUUCCCAAGCAAGCGGUUCGGCCGCCGCAGGAGAAGAUGUGUCGCGCUACACUCGACCGGCCUCGAACCUCAGCGCGCGGUUCCUCCUCAGUCAAACCACUCGACUUCGCUCGCAACACCGUGGCGUCCGCGACACGCCACGCCGUCGCCCCCGUAACCCAGCGCACAGCCGACCCGAAGCCGCCUCCGCUGCCGCCGACGCUCAGGCUGUCGCUGACCCCUGCUGGCCGUCUGAGGAAGAGCAGCUCCGCCCGCUCGGAGAACUCGCUGCUCGUCCGUGGGUCGCGGGAUAAACCCGGCAGACCCGUCUGGAGGUAGAGCGAGGGGAAACUAUCGGGAUAAUGCUAGCUUGCUAUUAUCAUCCAAUGUUCCAGGAAAAUUAUUCUUUCAGCUCAUAAACUAGCGCUCAAAAGUUUGGUUUUUUAUGUUUCUACCCAAGGCUGCAAUUAUUUGAUCAAAAAUACAGUGAAAACAGUGAAAUAUUAUUCCAAUGUUUAGCAGCUGUUUACUACGGAAGAGGAUUACGAGUUCAUUCUCAAAAGUUUAUUUCAACUUUU